CACCAAUCCUGUCCUAGAGACCCACAGCUUCCGGUGAUACUCUAGCUUCUUCUUUAGCUUCUUUUUUUUUGUAUCUUCAGCCAGUCACCUAUCUUGAUGCUGUUGUUUAUUCUCCGGAUCGCGUAAACUUGGUGAAGUGAAGGCCCUUCACCGAAAGGAUCCGCGAGGCAAAGAGAGGAACACAGCUGUGACAGAAAUGUCUGGUUUUGGGAACAAGUUUAGUUCGUACUCGAUGACACAGCUCAACGAAUUGCUUGAAGAUGAUGACAAACUCAACAGCAUUGUCCAAGAAAUGGAAGAGAUGCAGGAGGUGCAACAGACCAAGGAGAUGAUCCUGGCCAGUAACCGGAGCCUGGCAGAGCAGAACCUUCAACUGCAGCCCAGACUGAAUCACCAGAAGAGCCAGCUCACCAAGUGCUACAGCUCCCUACAGGAGAGCUUCGAGGCUUACCAGGUUCACAAAUCCAAACUAGACCACAGCUCUGGAAACAGUUCAUUGGAAACAUUUCUUGCUCUAUUGCAGGCAGAGGGAGCCAAGAUUGAAGAGGAGACAGAGAACAUGGCGGACUCCUUCUUGGACGGGGACGUCACCCUGGAUGCCUUCAUGGACUUGUACCAGAGCAACAGGAAGCUGGCCCACCUGAGGAGGGUGAAGAUUGACAAGCUGCAGGAGAUGGUGCUGAAGGGUGGACGGCUGCCUCGGGUCCCAGUCUCCUGCUCCCAUCCUCAGGAGGUCUCAGCCAGGCCAGCCCCCCUAUACACAGAGGCCAACAACCACAACCCCUUUCCAGUGCCUCAGCCCAGGAGAGCCCCCCCUCCCCCUCCAACCCAACAACCCCUAGCUGUAGCCCCCCAGCCCCAGCCUGCUGUCUUUUCCUACCCUGCCACCCCAUACCCCCCUAUCCCCCCCAGGGCGGGCCACCCUUUGCUCAGUGUCAAGCCUGGGUACCAGCACCCUUUUGUGUCUCAGUACCCCCCUGCCCUGCCUCAGAGGCCUCCCCCUCGCAUGGCUCCACAGUCUGGCUUCAUGAUUCAGUAGUGAAGGGACCACAGUACAGGUGCAUUACAGUACAUGCAGUGGACUUGCACUGCAGCCUCGCUGGAACUAUGAAUACGGUGCAACGUAUCACAAAGGGGGUUGAUUGACUUGCCAAGGCUGGUCUGGGCGUCCAACUGAAGAAGAAAAAAACAAUCUAUACAACAUCGGGAUUGAAUUUGCACUCUUCUCACCAGAAUCAGAACUCCAUUGCUACAACACCCCAGAAAGGACUUGACCUACCAGUCUGCCUAUGUCUGCAAAGCUAAAUCCCUCAGCGACAGGGCUUUAGAUGUAGUCUAAAGUGAAAUAAAUGUUAAUGUAUGGUUCACUGGCCUCAGUAGCCUGGACCGGCCAUCACCCCAGUUAAAUGAGCCCUAAUUUUUCACCACUUUGUCCCAGUCAGACAGUCCAUGCCCCUCAGUAAUGUCCUCAGUCCUCCCUUUUCUCCUGACGGUGCCUCGUCUGAGGUAUCUAAAGGGAAGGGGGACUAUAGCCAUUCAACGCUGUUUCUCAUCUGAGCUACUGUGUCAUUUCAAUUGGUUGUUUUUAUGUUGCGUUACCAGAGACUGUUCACGGAAGGUAUUGGCAAACCAUAUGCAAAACGAACAGAGACCUUACUGUGCUGUUUUUAAAACUUAUUUCCCAGGUAUAUCUGCACAAACCUGUAUCCAUUAUAUUCUGACUUACUGACUUAUUUCCAUAGGGUACUUAGAAAUGUUGAGACUUCUUCUUAAAUGAAUUAAUAUAUAUUUAGAGUACUAAUGUCUUGCUGGAUGCUUAUUUUUGCCAGGAAGGAGUGGACAGACAUUUUUACAGAAAUUGUGAGGUGGGUGCAUCUCUUUUCCAGCACAGGGAUUUGUCAAAGGAUUGCAUGGAUCGCAUGCUCAAUCCAAUAGGGAGGUCAGUUGGUCUCUGUCGCUCAGGGCAGAUAUGUACAAACAUGCACUGAUAAGGGUGGGUGGGGCUCUUGUCACAAACACACUGAAACCUGGGCCUCUUGCUCUGGCCUAAUGAAGGAUCUGUCCAUGGCCAUAUAAUACAUGUUCCUUAACUAUAUUUUAGUCACUUAUCUAAUAAGCAUAUUUUAUGCUUGAAAGUUGAGCCAUUUGUUUGCCUUUCACCUUUUUUCUUAUCCUUCAUCACUCCUUUCAUCAUUGAAUUAACUUUUUAUCUUGAUUUUACUUGGGUACAUGUUCUAAAGCGUAUCAUUCUUGAUGUUUUAAGUCAUUGCUGUUGAAACAAGAUUUAGUCUAUAUAUCUUAAUCUGUGAUAUAACCAUGUAGUCCAUGUAAAAUCAAGCAUAUAACUGAGCCAGUCAUCCACAGUUGUGUGAGCAGUAGCUCCCUCUGUAUGUAGACAAUGUUUGUGUUGGGCUCUAAAGAUUUGAUUCGGAUCAUAUUGACUGAACACCAAAGAUUCCAUGUCAUCUUAAUGUCUCUGAAGUUGUUUAUAGAGUAACCGUUGUGUAAAUUACUAUUUUCAUACCUUCCUGCAUAUCCAUUUGUUAGGUUUAUACCCAUAUGGCAGUAGUUUGAAGUGUGCACAAUUGAACGUUUGUAGCCUAUUGUUUCUUCACACCAGACACCAUAUUCAGGAAAUGGAGUCUGGAUCAAACAUAAUUUAGUACCCAUCUAAAAUGUCUCUUGCACCAUUUUUAUUACAAAUACUUAUCCCGAAGGAGUCACAUCCUAAAACAGUUGUUUGUUACCUUGUCCUAAAUGCUGCAGUUGUGCACUGUUAAAGAGCCACUGAGUGCCUACACUGGACUGAUUAUGGAGAAUCAUACUGCUCUAUACUCGAUCUGUGAACACUGACCAUGCUUGACUGCUCUGCUGCUCUGGAUCCCCCUAGCCUAAUGAUGUACAUGUAUAGUAUGUUCCUAGCCCUUUGCUAACCCUACCAUCAAUGUUUUACUUCCCCUUGGCUGUGCCCCAGUUCAGUUCUCCAACUAAUGUGAUGGUUAUGCAUGCCUGGGGGCAAGAAAGGCUUGAUUCUGUCUGCCUGUCAGGAUUCAACUCUCCUAACUGGUGCUAUGGGGCUGGUGCCACCGCUUCAGUUUGCUUCUGAAUUUGUGCUUGAGAGGUAUGUCUUCAGGGACUGUGCCUAAUGCUUGUGUGGUACUUGUACAGUUUCUUUAUACCAUCAAUAGAAGGUGGUUUGCUUGCCCUGAGGUGGGUGACCACUAUUUCUGUUCUUAUGCAUAUCUAUGUUUCACCAACACAAUGGGACUCCUAGAGUUUAAAAAAAAUUUGUCUAGUAACAAACAAAUGCAUAUUUUUGAUAAAUGGUCCACAAUCGGAGCAAUAAGUUUGCUUGUGAUUUAUUAUAUACCCAUUUGGUUUGAUGAACUUGCAUUUCUAACUUAAACUGUUAAACUCUGAAAUUAAUCAUUGAUUUCCUCUGCUGUAGUUAGCUGUUUGUCUGUAACGGGCAUAAUUCAGCUGUUUGGGCUGCUUUAAAAUAGACAUUUGUAGUACUCAUUUUCAUACAUUGUUUGCUAUGUUAUGCAAUGUAAUGUUGUAGGUCUUUUAGAUUUUAAGAUUGUAGAUGUGGUUGGUGGAAUUAUAAAACUAUUUUUAAGGA